AUGCCUUCGGGAAGUGGUACAGCCAUGCUGUCGGGAGGAAGAAAGGAGGACACCGGUGGAUUGAUGAGGUUCGAGCCAGUGAUGACCUGGCGAUCCUGGCAGUAUCGCUACAAAAACUACGUAGCACUACACAAGGUCACAGACACGGCCGAGCAGAAGGCGGUGUUGCUGGACGCCUUAGGCGUGGAGGCGCUGGAGAUCCUUAUUUCCAUGUGCCUGCCUGGCAGUCCGGACGAUUUCACCGCUGGCCAGCUGGCAGAUAAACUGGAGCAAGUGUUUGUGAAGAAAACGCUGAAGGAGACGGAGUGGGCGUUGUACUUUAGGAUAAAGCAGGAACCUGGGGAGACGCUCCUGGAGUUCUCAAUAGACUGCGCCGGAAGGCGACUGGUUGUGGUUCCUGCGACAGUCCUGGAGCAGAACAUGAUGGCUGCAUUUACCAAUGGACUGGUGAACGAAACACCAGGCUGCACCUGA